AUGGCUUCGCUUCCUGUCCUACAAGAAGAGACGUUGUUCCGAAAGGGAUUCUGGAGCUACCGAAUCCCAGCCCUGCUCUACAUGCCGCAGUACUGCAUCAUCCUGGCAUUCGCCGAGGAGCGGGAGGAUGAGGUGGAUGAACAUGCCAAGCUGAUAGUAAUGCGCAGAGGGCACAUAUGAUGGACUACCCACCGUGUUCAGUGGACCAAAAUGGAGACCAUUGUCAAUGCUCAGCUGGAGGGCCACCGCUCCAUGAACCCGUGUCCUGUGUACGAUGAAGUCACUGGGAACCUCAUUCUAUUCUUUAUAGCUGUCCCGGGAAAAGUCUCUGAAAACCACCAGAUCAAGACAAAGACCAGCUUGGUCCAUCUGUGCCGUCACAGCACUGUAUAUGGAUGCUCCUGGAGCCCUGCUAAGGAUUUCACUGAGACUGUCAUUGACAGCCACAAGGACUGGGCCACCUUUGCGGUGGGACCAGGCCACGGUUUACAGUUGCUCAAUGAGGCUCGAAGUCUUGUGAUUCCUGCCUACGCCUAUCGAAUACUUGACCCUGGGAAAAAACUCCCCAUAGCCUUCUGCUUUGUUAGUUCUGAUCAUGAAAGACCUGGGCAAUGGGGGAACUUUGUGGCAAAGGAGCAUGCUGUGGAGUGCCAGGUAGCUGAAGUGCACAGCCGAGGAGAAAGGAUGCUGUAUUGUAAUGCUAGAAGCAGCCAGGAGCCAGAGUCCAGGCUUGUGAGCUACAAUCAUGGGAUGGAUUUUGACAGUGGUCAGUGGAUUGAGAAGCUGGUAGAACCUCCCCAUGGCUGCCAUGGGAGUGUUAUUGGCUUCCCAAGUCCUGCUAACGUGAAGUCAGGGUGUCAGGACACUCUGGGUGCUCUACUCUCAUCCCACAGACCCAGCUGGCGGAGAAAUUUAGGAGUGUACCUCAACAAGUGUCCCUUAGAUCCAGCAUGCUGGAUAGGACCCAUUCUCAUCUUCAAGGGCUUGUGUGCUUAUUCGGAUCUGCAGCACAUGGAGCGAGGCCCUGAUGGCUCCCCGCUGUUCUGCUGUCUGUUUGAGUUUGGCACCAGCUCACUAUACAAAGAGAUCAUCUUCCUUAUGUUCACUUUGAAACAAGCCUUUCCAUCCGAGUGCUGAGCUGCAGUGGACAGGCCCAUUCAGUGUCCGUCUGAGAACCACCUUACCUGACACUUCACUGCCAUGUCUUACCUAUCAGCAAAUGGCUUUUAUCCCCUGCCUUUGUCUUAGCUGAGAUGGACUGCUUUUCUUUUGCUCAUUCCUCCUCCACCCCUUCCUGCCUGGCUGCCUUUUUUGGCACUGAAUAGCAAGAGUGAAUGUGAUUUUCGUAUAGCACCAUUCAGACUCAUCAGUGCAGCCAGUGUAUGGGCAGACAUGGUGGCUAUUACCUAACCAACAAUAUUUAAUAGACUGCCUGGGAUGCUCCUGUGACGUGGACAUCGUUGGUAUCCCCUGUGCUUUGCAAUAAUGUCAUCCCUACUUUGCCCCUUAUCUCUCCCAUGCCCCUGUCUCUGCUGAAAUCCUUCUCUAGGCCAUCAGCACUUUGUGUUCUGAAAAAUGCACCUCCUUGCUCUCUCAGUUUCUGGGAGUCAGGAUGCUGUGGCCGGAUUGCUCUUUUUCUCAUAUCAUGCUAUGCCAUCCUCUGUCCUCUUCCCUGGCUUCCUACCCAUUUCUGGAUCAUAGAAUCAUAGGAGUUUUUUUGAAGGAAGCAACCUGGCCUAUGGUGAGUCAUAGGGUUACAAGGGACCUGCAAGGGUCAUGUACUCUAACCCCCA